CCGGUGGCGGAGCAGGGCCUGGAAGCCGGCUGCUGCGGGGGCCUCCGAGUGCCUGGAAGGAGGCUGCAGUGUCGGGAAGCCGCACGCGAUCCUGCUCUCAGGCAAUUGAGUAUGCCCAAGGGGCCUGCCCCUGAGUCCAGAUGACACUCAUGCCGAUGGCUUCAGUGAUGGCGGUGACUGAACCCAAGUGGGUCUCCGUGUGGGGCCGCUUCCUGUGGGUCCUGCUGCUGAGCAUGGUGCUGGGGUCCCUGCUGGCGCUGCUGCUGCCGCUGGGGCCCAUCGAAGAGCAGUGUUUGACGGUGCUCAAAGGCUUCUACCUGCUCAGGAACAAGCUGGACAGGGUGCAGCAUGCCGUCACCAAGUGUACCAGCCCGUCCACAGAGCUCAGUGUCACCGCCACCGAUGCGGCACCACUGGUGGUCAAGACCAAGGCCUCUCCAGCUGGGAAGUUGGAGGCCAGAGCAGCUCUGAACCAAGCCCUGGAGAUGAAACGCCAGGGCAAGCGGGAGAAAGCCCAUAAGCUCUUCCUGCACGCCCUCAAAAUGGACCCAGACUUCGUAGACGCACUCACCGAGUUCGGCAUCUUUUCCGAAGAGGACAAAGACAUCAUCCAGGCAGACUACUUGUACACCCGAGCGCUGACCAUCUCGCCCUACCACGAGAAAGCGCUGGUCAACCGGGACCGGACGCUGCCGCUGGUGGAGGAGAUCGACCAGAGGUAUUUCAGCAUCAUCGACAGCAAAGUGAAGAAGGUCAUGUCCAUCCCCAAGGGCAACUCCGCGCUACGCAGGGUCAUGGAGGAAACCUACUACCAUCACAUCUACCACACAGUCGCGAUCGAGGGCAACACCCUCACCCUCUCGGAAAUCAGGCACAUCCUCGAGACCCGCUAUGCCGUGCCGGGGAAAAGCCUGGAGGAGCAGAACGAGGUCAUCGGCAUGCACGCGGCCAUGACAUACAUCAACACCACACUGGUGUCCCGCAUUGGGUCUGUGGCCAUCGGCGACGUGCUGGAGAUCCACAGGCGGGUGCUGGGUUAUGUGGAUCCGGUGGAAGCUGGCAGGUUUCGGACGACACAGGUCCUCGUGGGUCACCACAUCCCUCCCCAUCCUCAAGAUGUGGAAAAGCAGAUGGAGGAGUUCAUACAGUGGCUCAACUCCGAGGAUGCCAUGAACCUGCACCCGGUGGAGUUUGCGGCCCUGGCCCAUUACAAACUGGUUUACAUCCACCCUUUUGUUGACGGCAACGGCAGGACCUCGCGCCUGCUGAUGAACCUCAUUCUGAUGCAGGCAGGCUACCCCCCCAUCACCAUCCGCAAGGAGCAGAGGUCCGAGUACUACCACGUGCUGGAAGUUGCCAACGAAGGCGACGUGAGGCCGUUCAUCCGCUUCAUUGCCAAGUGUACAGAGACCACCCUGGACACCCUGCUCUUUGCCACAACCGAGUACCCGGUGGCGCUGCCAGAGGCCAAGCCCAACUACUCCGGGUUUAAGGAGACCCUGCCUGUGAAGCCCUAACCCCUGGGGCGCCUCCCCUGGUGCCAAGGGAUGUCCCGGGGGGACUUAGCAUUUCUGGAAACCUAGCCGUCUCCCAAAGCACAAGGAGAUGGAUCGGGAACUUAAGCAUUCUUUACCUCCAAAUGUUUUAGUUAAAAAGAAAAAAACUAAAUUAUUAAGCCCUAUCUUUAAGGUAACUUAUAAUUCAGUCCAAGUUAUUUAUUUUCUUUUGAGCUAGUCAAUGUUGUGUGGUGUCCGCUGGCCGUGCUGGUCACCCCAGUAGGCUCGGGGACACCAAUGCUCUUUGUGUGACCAGAACACAGGUUCUGGAGCAGAAUUUGCACACGGGUGGGGAGAGGCCGGGAGUGUGGAAUGAGGUUUGGGGCCACAGGACUAACUCCUCCAAGUGUUUCUAUGAAACUGGCUGAGAGGCUCUGUGACUUCCCUGCGAGGUCAGCUCUCUUGGGGCGAACCUGGCCCCGGUUUUGAGAAAUAACAGAAGCUUUCUUUCUGACAGAGUUUUGCUCCCCCUACGAAGAGAGUAGCAUGGUGACUAAUUCUCACUAGUAGGGCAGACUCUUGAGAUACGAAAUAAUUAAUGUUGACAACAUUUCUAGUUAGAUACCUUGCUUAUUUCAAGGAGUCCCAGGUGGCUUGCAAACUGCAGUCCCAGAGGCCGUUAUUUUUCCCUACCAAGACUAUUUUUCUAAUUUAGAAUAGGGGAGUGGCCAGCUUGGUUUCCUGUGUGAAUGUUUCUCACACUUCAUUUGCAGCCACUCAGACCAAAGGUUUUACUCUAGAAGUUCUGAGUUUGUCACUCAGCUGUGUCAUAGGUGUCGUGCACGUGGCCAAGUCUGACUCUGAGUGUAGCAUCUUGUGUAGGCAGAGGCUCAAGGAUACAUCUGAGAAAGCAGAUGCCACAUCAACUCAAAUACAUAUUUUUGAUAAUGAACUGGAGUUUCUACCGAACCAAGGAAGAACCCACCCUGAACCAAGGAAAAACCCUUAACCGUAGUAGUCAGAUGGGUCUCUUUUGUCAUGCAGUUUUACCCACUUACUCACCUGACCCUCAUCCCUCACAGCCAUUGUCCUGUCCAGCGUCCCCUUGGGGAGCAAAAGAGAUUGCCUUCGAGUGGCCUUAUUUUUCUAGGAACUUGUGAAAUAAUAAGAUGUAUUGUACAGCCAAUUUUCCAAGGCGUCCUUCUAUGGAAGAAGAAUCUUCUCCAUCGAUAAUAAACAGCAGAGGUGCCAAUAUGACCGCUGCUGUGCUCCUCAGGGUCUAAGGGCCGCAGGUCCCCCCUCCCAGUGGCGGAGCCCAGGACGUCUGACACCAUAGUGCAGUCUGUCAGGGUCCGAAUGCUGGUGAAUACGUAGAAAGCGUGGCCUCUGGCUUGAGAAGUCUCGCCCUGACAGUAAGGAGGUCACUAUUCUGAGGUAGCAGGUGUUUGUGUAGUUAUUUAACUGUGUAAUGAGCACAGGGUAGCUUUCUGAAGGAUUAGGAAAAAGUUGUAUGAAGUGGCCCCGAGCGAUAGUCAAACCUUUAUAAAAAAUCUUUCACCCUCAUUUGCUGCCACAAACUAGCUUUCGGCCUGAACUCUUCUGUCAUCUGGAUUUUCUAGGCCUGCCAAGGAAGCCCCACAGCAGGGCGCGCCUGGGCUAGAGACACGUGCACUUUAGCUCUGCUGUGAAGGAUGUUAUUUUCACAGAUUACUGACUCUAAUAAAGUAUUUUAUUAUAUAAA